GGACUCGGGCAGCCCCGCAGCCCCGCAGCGCUCCGGCUCCUCCUCCUCUCCAGACCGCCCUCCGCAGCGAUGGACGGAGACGGUGAACCAGAGAGCUUGGGCCAGCCGGAGGAGGUGAGCCCGGAGGGGCAGCAGGAGGAAGCCGGCGCGGAGGAGGCGAGCGCCGGGGAGGAGCGGCCCGAGGAGGAGGAGGAGGAGGCGGCGGCGUACCUGGAGGAGCUGCCCGAGCCGCUGCUGCUGCGCGUGCUGGCCGAGCUGCCGGCCGCCGAGCUGGUGCAGGCCUGCCGCCUGGUGUGCCUGCGCUGGAAGGAGCUGGUGGACGGCGCCCCCCUCUGGCUGCUCAAGUGUCAGCAGGAGGGGCUGGUGCCCGAGGGCGGCGCCGAGGACGAGCGCGACCACUGGCAGCAGUUUUACUUCCUGAGCAAGCGGCGGCGCAACCUUCUGCGCAACCCGUGCGGGGCAGAGGACCUGGAGGGCUGGUGCGACGUGGAGCACGGAGGGGACGGCUGGAGGGUGGAGGACCUGCCCGGAGACUGUGGGGUGGAAUUCAUCCACGACGAGAGCGUCAAGAAGUACUUCGCCUCCUCCUUUGAGUGGUGUCGCAAAGCGCAGGUCGUUGACCUGCAGGCUGAGGGCUACUGGGAGGAGCUGCUGGACACCGCUCAGCCGGCCAUCGUGGUGAAGGACUGGUACUCGGGCCGCAGGGACGCCGGCUGCCUGUACGAGCUCACGGUGAAGCUGCUGUCGGAGCACGAGGACGUGCUGGCCGAGUUCAGCAGCGGGCAGGUGGCGGUGCCCCCAGACAGCGACGACGGCUGGAUCCAGAUCUCCCACACCUUCACCGACUAUGGGCCCGGUGUCCGCUUUGUCCGCUUCGAACAUGGGGGUCAGGACUCCGUCUACUGGAAGGGCUGGUUCGGGGCCCGAGUGACCAACAGCAGCGUGUGGGUGGAGCCCUGAGUGACCCCUCCUCCAACCUCAGCCCUCUUGGAGGUGCAGAGGCCUGGGGUAGAUAGGCCUUAGUCAGUAGCCCCCUCACUUUUCCCAUCCCCCACCUCACCCCCACCCCCACACACUCCUCUCCUGCCCCAUUCUCCCAGCCCAGCCCCCACACUGGGAAAGAGGAGUUUUGCUGGCGUAUAUGUGCAUCUAGAAAAUAAGAUGGGUGAGGGUAUGGGCCUGGGUCGGGCCCACCGCUGAAUCCCCUGCACCUAGUACAGUGCCUGCCACAAAGUGGGCACCUAAUAAAUAUUUGUCCAAGGAAGGAAUGAAUGAACAAACGGAUGAAUGAACACCGCCCCCUUUGCAUCCUUCUCUGUCUCUUGGGGGCCCCUGGCCCAGCCUGGAAAAAUACUUGGUGGGGCUCCAGCUGCUCUGGUUUCCAGAGGCCCUUGGGCCGGUACAGAGCCAGCCAGGCCCGGGCCGGCUGGACAAAGGCCGGGAUUGUG